AUGGGUUUACUCGAGAGCUGCCUGUGCCCUUCAGGAGAGAAGAAACCAAGAGGAACCCUACUAUCCAGCCAGCAGGGGGUGCUGACUGUGUCAUCCUUCGUGAAGCCAGGGUUGAACUUGAUGACCGUGAAGGCUCCUCCAGCACCAGCUUUCUCAGAUGUGGAUCUUAAGCUGGGAAAGGAGCUGGUUUGGUGGUGCCUGGGGCCUGAGGCUCCCAGAAGUACUGGAGGCUGGACCACAGGGGAGAGAAAAGGCAAGGCUAUAGCCGAGCACCCAACUCCACUGCCUGCCCCAUUCCAGAAGGUAUCCUCGGAGAUCCCAGGGAAGGAUCCCAUGGAGCUCGGGAAGAAACACACAACCCCUGUGAAGGAGGUGCCCAAGAAAGAGUUUGAGCCACGGCAACAGGAGCCACAGCAGCAGGAACAGCAGCAGCAGCAGCAACAGCAGCAGCAGCAGCAAGAGUCACAGGAGGCAGGAAAGCAUGUUGACCAGCAGCAGCAGCAGAAAGAGACACAGAAGCCAGGAAAGCAUGUGGACGAGCAGCAGCAGCAAGAAUCACAGGAGCCAGGAAAGCAUGUAGACCAGGAGCAGCAGCAGAAAGAGACACAGAAGCCAGGAAAGCAUGUGGACCAGCAGCAGCAGCAAGAGUCACAGAAGCCAGGAAAGCAUGUGGACCAGCAGCAGAAAGAGUCACAGGAGCCAGGAAAGCAUGUGGACCAGCAGCAGCAGCAGAAAGAGUCACAGAAGCCAGUAAAGCAUGUGGACCAGCAGCAGCAGAAGAAAGAGUCACAGAAGCCAGUAAAGCAUGUGGACCAGCAGCAGCAGCAGAAAGAGUCACAGGAGCCAGGAAAGCAUGUGGACCAGCAGCAGAAGCAGAAAGAGUCACAGGAGACAGUAAAGCAUGUGGACCAGCAGCAGCAGCAGAAAGAGCCACAGGAGCCAGUAAAGCAUGUGGACCAGCAGCAGCAGCAGAAAGAGUCACAGAAGCCAGUAAAGCAUGUGGACCAGCAGCAGCAGCAGAAAGAGUCACAGGAGCCAGUAAAGCAUGUGGACCAGCAGCAGCAGCAGAAAGAGUCACAGGAGCCAGGAAAGCAUGUGGACCAGCAGCAGCAGCAGAAAGAGUCACAGGAGCCAGGAAAGCAUGUGGACCAGCAGCAGCAGAAAGAGUCACAGGAGCCAGGAAAGCAUGUGGACCAG